UCCCAUGCGCGCCGAUGGCUUUCUGAGGGAGCACAAGAGUUGGGGACACUGGCAGAUGCUCAAAGAGAUAAACGCAGCGGCUGUGGAGUAAUCACUCAGUUUGGUUGCGGGUCUUUGAAAUUAGCUGAGGCGUCUGCUAAUUUGCGAGGAGCAAGCUGUGAAUCCAAACAGAUCACAAUGAUGACCAAACCAUUUGGGAAGACUGGAGAUGUCAGUGAGCUGGUGAGCUCCCUGAGCUGGCUGGAGGAGGACGUCAGCUCCCAGGAUGGAGAGGAGAGCCCCGAGAUGAGGGGGCGCUAUGGGCUGGCUGCUGGAGGCCGGAUCCGGGCCUCCACAGAAAUGGGCAGUGAGGAUAUGGAGGAAGAGGAAGAGGAAGAUGAGGAGGAGGAGAUUGGACCAAAUGGAGAAAAGGCUCCCAAAAGGAGAGGACCCAAGAAAAAGAAGAUGACCAAAGCUAGACAGGAGAGGUUUCGUGCCCGGCGGGUCAAGGCCAAUGCCCGUGAACGGUCACGCAUGCAUGGGCUAAAUGAUGCUCUGGAUAAUCUGCGGAGAGUGAUGCCCUGCUACUCCAAGACCCAGAAGCUGUCAAAGAUUGAGACUCUGCGGCUGGCCCGCAACUACAUUUGGGCCCUGUCUGAGGUGCUGGAGACCGGCCAGUCCCCAGAAGGCCAUGGCUUUGUGGAGAUGCUGUGUAAAGGCCUGUCUCAGCCCACCAGUAACCUCGUGGCCGGCUGCCUGCAGCUGGGACCCGCUCCGAUGCUGCUCAGCAAGCUGGAGGACAAGUGUGGAGGCCCUGGGGUGGGUGGUGUGGGGGGUCAGGCUGGCCAUCCCCUCAGCUACCCAUCCCCAGGCCUCCCCAGCCCCCCCUACGGCUCCCUGGAGGCCUCCCACCUCCUCCAUAUGAAGGGCUACAAGGGGCCGGCCUAUGACAACCCCUCCUCUAACGAGUGCAGCAGCGGCACCCCGCCAUAUGAUGGGCCCCUCACUCCCCCCCUCAGCAUCAGUGGCAACUUUGCCCUGAAGCAGGAGCCCUCUCCCCACGAGUCAGAGAGGAACUACACACCCCACCCUGGCCAUCAUGCACACUACCUUUCGUCCCACCACUACCCCGCUUCCGCGAUGGGUGGCCUGCCAGGGGGGCCUCAGGCCCACACACUCUUCCAGUCUGCACGCUACGAGCUGCCCCUGGACAUGGCCUUCGAAUCCUUCACCCCCUCUCACCUGGUCACCUCUCAGAUGGGCACCAUCUACAGUGAGUGACUCUGCUGUGAGACUGGCCUGGGGACAAUCACUGUGUCCCAGUGAACUGGUGUCAGACCCAUGGCCAUGCUAAUGACUGUAUAGAGACAACGGUUUGCAUUUACAUUGUCCAGUACUCUGGGAGAGCAUGGAAGGCUCUGAGAGUGAGAGAGAAAGAGAGAGAAAGAGAGAGAGAGAGAGAGACUCACCACCUCAACUCAAUCUACCUGAUACAAACACGCACCCAUAACUUUUAAAAAAUGUAUUUAUUCUUUUUUUGUUACAAUUAUUUGUGUCAAUAUUUGGAUUGUUUCUGGAUAAGUUGCCUGUUCCAUUGUAACUGGAUGUAGCUGAGGAUAAGUUCAUCAAAUCAGAUAUUCAGGUAUAAGCACUGCACAGGUUUGUCAUGUGCAGGGUCUUGAACGAAAACAAGAAUUUUGUGCAAAGCUCUGUGUGUCUGCAGAGAAACUGAUCAAAAAGUCAUCCAACAGAAACAUGAAUUGUGCACUGAGGCCUGUAGCCAAUGUCCUCCCUGCCAUAAGAAGAGCAAUGCAUUUAUUUAUAUCUGUAUUUAAUAUUUAUUUUGAUAACAUUUUGUCUGUUUUAUAUGUUUUUUUUUUUUUCAGCACAGUUUUUGUUUCACGCUGUCUUCUUGGUAAGUUGUCAGUCACUGGCAGCUACACUGAUGAUGUAUUUAAAUUAUUUAUUUGAGAUCUUUCAGGUACUUCAUUUGGUGUCAUUCACAAUUUUUGUCAUACUGUACCACUGUAAAUAUUUUGCUGUU